AAAAUAACCAUGAAGCGCCGCCUGGCUGGCGAGGCUAUGUCCCGUCGUACCUCUCGCAACCUCUCAUGGGCCUCCAUUCUUGGGCCCUGCAUUCGAGCACAAGCAUGAGAGUCCUAUCACGCUAUCGGCUGUUCCCGAUGGCUAUCGGCUGUUCCCGAUGGCUAUCGGCUGUUCCCGAUGGCUAUCGGCUGUUCCCGAUGGCGAGACUGAGCAAGAGAGCGCGACUCCCGCCCGAUCUCCACUCAUAAGCGACGCAAGGGCGGCGCUCGCAAGGGCAGGGGCACCACAGUGACAUCCCGGACGAGUCAAGCUCGCGGAAGCCCGAAACGAUGCUAUGGCAGACCCAACGGCAGCGCCGGGGACAAGGGAUCCGAGCGCGGGAUCUCGCAGUCCAGCACGCGGAGCGGGCGGCCACUGGUGUUGAGAGCGAGCUUGAUGGUGUCCAGCAAUUCGCGCAGCUCGAUGUUGAGCGUGGGCACAUCGACCUCGGCGUUCACGCGCUACAUAGCACUCGCUCGGUGUCGACGACGGCGAAGAGCGUGUCGUCGCAGAGCUGGCACAGCCAAGGUAGCAAGGUAUCCCAGGAUCCUGCCCACGCGCCGAUGCCUGCGAACGUCAAGUUUGUCACUGGUACACUAUAGGAGCUAUACUAGCUACCUCACCAGAUGUAGCGGAACCCCGACGAUGCGAAGUUUGGUGGCCCACCUCAGCGCAAGCGUCAGGCGAAUGUUACCUGCCUGAGUGGCUCAUAACCUCGCAUCGCGCCCUUUUCUAACCUGUCGCACCCUGAUUAAUCUACAGGCUGGGGUGACGUGGAGCAGGGGAUGUUGGAGGCCCAGGGAGGUAUGGUGGCGUCUCACGGAGGGCGGUCGUUCUGCCACAAUGUGCUCUCUUGUGCUCCACUGACUGUAGAUGUAUUCUGUAGAUGUAGUUGAGAGUUUGUAAUAGAUUAGCCAGAAUGAGCACCGACGUUGCCG